AUGUACACCCAGGCAGCUGUCGCGUUCGUGGCGCUCUGCGCCGUCGGCGUUCUGGCCGCCCCACCCGGCCGGUACCCGUCCACCGCGGCACCGGCGCUGGCCCGGUACCAGUUCCAGUACGUCGUCUCGGACGAGUACGCCGGUCUUGAGCACAGCCGCGCAGAGAGCCGGGACGGUGACCAGACCACAGGCUCGUACCGCGUGCUGCUGCCCGACGGCCGUGUGCAGCACGUGCAGUACAUCGUGGACGGCGACCAGGGGUACGCGGUCGAGGUGAGCUACGAGGGCGAGGCUCGGCCGUACCAGCCGGUGCCGCGGUACCCACCCCGGUACCGGGCGCGCACCUACACCCUGGGCGCCACGACCGAGGCGCCCCUGCCGGCCACCCCCGAAACUCCGGCCAUCGAGACUGUGCAGGACAGCGUGGAGCCUCAGGCGGAGGAGACUGCCGAGCAGACGGAGACGGCUUCAUAUGAGGCGGAGACGGCUGCCGAGCAGACGGAGACGGCUUCACAUGAACCGGAGACGGCGCCCGAGCAGGCGGAGACGGUGGUCGAGCAGACGGAGAUUGCAGCAUACGAGCCGGAGACGGCGGCCGAGCAGGAGGAGACGGCAGCAUAUGAACCAGAGACGGCAGCCGAGCAGACGGAGACGGUGGCGUACGAGCCGGAGACGGCGGCCGAGCAGGCGGAGACGGCAGCAUAUGAACCAGAGACGGCGGCCGAGCAGACGGAGAUUGCAGCAUACGAGCCGGAGACAGAGGCCGAGCAGCCGGAGACGGCGGUCGAGCAGGCGGAGGCGGAGCUGGCGCAGACGGACGCGGAGGACGCAGCUCCCGGUGUCACCCCGUCCGCUGUCUAUCGUCAGGAUAUUGCAUAG